CGGUUGAGAAGCGUGGCGGCGGGCGGCGGUCUUGAGCCAGGCAGCCAGCCGUGUGCUCUUGUUCCCUGUUCCCCCACUCCCCCAGUCACCCACAGGCAGGCCAUGGAGACUCUGGCGGCGGCUCGCCGUGCCAAGAGAAGGAAGCCGGAGGCGCGCAAGAGCCCCGAACAGGAGGGUGGAGCAAUCAUCUCGCCGCUGGUACCAGCGACGAGUGCGCCUGAAUCCAAUCCUCCGGGUCCGGGAGCCGGAGGAGAUGAAUCCCACAUCCAAGAUCCACCGCCUGGAGCCGUCGGAGGGGAAGAAGACGGGGUCGACCGAAUCAGCCUCCUCCCCAACGCCAUUCUGGGUGAGGUCAUCUCUCUCCUCCCCACCAAGGAUGCCGCCCGCACCCAAACCCUCGCCACCCGGUGGCGCCAUCUCUGGCGCUCAGCCCCUCUCAACCUCGACGGCCGUGACGUUCGCACCAUCGAUGUCGUCUCCCGCAUCCUCUCCGCCCACCGGGGCCCCGGCCGCCGCUUUCGCUUCCCCUCACAACACCUGCGGUACUACCCCGCCAUUGUGGAUGCUUGGCUCCGAUCCCCCGCCCUCGACAACCUCCAGGAGAUUGACUGCUGCAUCGAAAUGUAUGCGCCGGAUGUGUCGCAAGCACCACCUCAGCCGGCGUCUACCUUCCGCUUCUCGUCGUGCCUUUGCGUGGCCACUCUCAGCCAGUGCCACCUCUCCGACGACGUCGCCCAGGCGCUUCAGUUCCCCAAGCUCAAGAAGCUCGCACUUCAAUGGGUCAGCAUUUCGGAGGAUUCCCUGCAUAGCAUCAUUGCUGCUUCUCCCGUCCUCGAGUGCUUGCUGCUUAGCACCAUCUUUGGCUUCCGCUGUGUCAGGAUCAGCUCAGCUAGCCUUACAAGCAUUGGGGUGGGUGCUAAUGGUCGGUAUGAACCAACAGUGACAUUCUUAGAAGAAUUCAUCAUCGAGGAUGCCCCUUGCCUUAAAAGGAUUCUAUAUCAUCGACCACCGCAAUUGCCCAUGCGAAUGCAAGUGUCAGUUAUUUCAGCACCCAGUCUAGAGACCUUGGGUUGCCUAAAAUAUUCUGAUUACUCUUCCAGACUCACGUUGGGCUCUACGAUUAUUGAGCCAUGCUACAUAAAGGGAUUCCAGGUCAUUAACUCGACAACACCGGCAUGUACUGUCAAGAUUUUAGCAGUCAAUAUUUUUAAACUUCGCCUGGAUGUGAUUAUUGACUUAAUAAGAUGCUUCCCAUGCUUGGAGAAGUUGUAUAUCCAGUCAUACAAGGAGGGAGACAAUGAUUUAUGGCACCGUAAGCAUCAUAAUCUUAUUAAAUGCCUUGACAUCAGUCUCAAGACAGUCGUGUUGAAUAAUUAUCAAGGCAUAAGGCCACAAGUUAACUUUGCCACAUUCUUUGUAUUGAACGCAAAGAUGCUGGAGUCAAUGACAUUUGAGUGCCAAAGGGACAGUGUGACUGAUAGAUUUCUUGCAAAGCAGCACCGGCUGCUCCAGCUGGAGAAAAGGGCUUCAAGAUGCGCUCGGUUUUAUUUUACUACUGAAAGCUGUCGCCAUGAUUUUUUGCAUAUCAAUCAUGUCCAUGAUUUGUCUAUAAGCGAUCCCUUUGAAUGUGUUGAAGCAGGGGUUGGUGCAUGCAUAUCCUUUGAGUAGUUACUGCCUGACUCUGUACUCCUGCUUGCUGUUAAAUUGGAUGAGGUCUAUUCAUUUUUCAAAUGUUGGAGUAGGGGGUUGCUAAAUGAACUGUGUAUAUUGUAAGAUUUGUGUAAUUGUGGCAGUCUGACAGUGCCACAGUUUGGCCGUCUAUAAUCUGUAAUGCACUAAAUCUUUAUGCAUAAGUUAUUGGCAAUGUUUGAUGUGGGCAUGUGGCAGGUAAUGUUGUUAAUAAA